AUGGGUCAGGACAUCGAAGCCGUGCCACAGGCGCGCAUCAGCGAAGACGGGAACUCACUCAAGGCGCCUACGAGAGUUGGAAGAGAAGAGCUCGCGGACAUUGUGCGGCCCCAUGAGAGCUACGAAGGUCUUCAUCGAUUUGAUCCAGAGGCGUCAUGGACCAUAGAAGAAGAGCGCAAGGUUGUGCGGAAGACCGAUCUCCGCCUUCUCAGUUGGCUUUGUCUCAUGAUGGGCAACGUUUCCAAUGCUCUUGCCGAUAAUCUAUUGAACGAUCUUGGCCUGACCAGUGACGAUUACAACAACGGCACAACCAUCCAACUACUGGCAUUUCUCACCGCUGAAUUUCCAGUCCAAUUCCUCACUAAGCGAUAUGGCUUCAAAAUUGUACUUCCCACCAUGAUGAUGGGUUGGGGCAUGGCAUCUUGGGGCCAAUCCUGGAUGCACGACCGCACUUCCUGGCGCGCGGCGAUUGGUUUCUGCGAAGGCGGCUUUAUCCCUGGAGUUAUUCUCUUCGCGACCUACUUUUACAAGUCCAAGGAGCUAUCGAUCCGACUCGCAGCAUUCUGGUCCUCGCUCAAUGUUGCGCGUGUCAUCUCUGCGUUGCUCGCCGCUGGUAUUCUUGAGAUGCGCGGAAUUGGUGGGAAGCCUGGAUGGUUCUGGCUGUUUUUACUCGAGGGGCUUUUCACCGUCAUUAUUGCUAUUCUCUCGUACAUGUAUCUGCCAGCCUCGCCGACGUCGACCAAGAAUGUGCUAUGGCGUAAGUCGUGGUACACCGAGCGUGAGGAAACGAUCAUGGUCAAUCGGAUCCUCCGGGACGAUCCAGCAAAGGGACUCACCGCACUGAAAGAGCCAGCGACAUUCAAGGAUAUCCGCGCAGCAUGGAGCGAUCAGUCAAUGUGGGGAUUGUAUUUCAUCGGUCUUGUGGCCUACAUCCAGGGCUACCUUACUCUGACACUCAAGCGACUCGGCUUCUCGACGUUCAACAGCAACAUGUUAACUGUGCCAUCGGCUGUGCUCCAGAUCAUCACGAUGUUGGCUUUGGCAUACUCGAGCGACUACUUCAACGAGCGCGCCUUCCAUUGCAUCCUUGGAGAAUUCUGGAUCAUGCCGCUACUCAUCGCUCUACUCACGCUCCCUGAUGGUGGUCGAGAGUGGGGACGCUUUUCCCUAAUCACGCUCAUCUCCGGAUAUCCGUACUUCCAUCCACUGGUCUCAUCUUGGAUUUCAGAAAACACAUUCGACGUCAAGAAGCGUGCCAUCACAGCCGCCACAUACAACGUGAUCGUCCAAAUCGGUUCCUUGAUCAGUUCGCAAAUCUACCGCAAGUACGAUGGACCAUACUACAAGCAAGGUAACUCCGUGUUGGUGGCGAUCUGCGCUCUGUCGUUGAUCACUUUCAUUGUCCAAAGGCAGGUUCUGGUCCGAAUGAAUAAGAAGAAGCAGCAAAAGUGGGACCAAAUGACUUCCGAAGAGAAGGCUGUGUACCAAGCCGAUACGAUUUCUCGCGAGCAAGACGGCAACAAGCGUCUUGACUUCAGGUUCGCGACCUAG